AGCCUCCACUAUUUUAAGGCUUUGCAUUACAUGAUCUCCUUCAUGCAACAAGCAUCAGCACCUGCUCUGGUGGAGGUCGUUGAAUUUUAUUUUUUUCCCCCUCAUCUGCUGACUAGUUGUUUUCCACCAGUAUUCUCUAUUUGUCUUCAUCUAUUUUGUCUUUACUCAGUCCCCUGGAAAAGACAGCUAAGAAAUAGAAGAUGGCAUCAGGGGAGAAGACAGAGCCGAUGCGUGUCCUGGUGACAGGUGGAUCUGGGUUGAUUGGCAAAGCCAUUGAGCAUGUGGUGUUUAAGGAAGGUGGGAAACGUGAGGGAGAAGAAUGGUUCUUCAUCUCCUCAAUGGACGGAGAUCUAACGGAUGUUGAGCAGACCAGAGCUGUGUUCGAGAAGUAUCAUCCCACUCAUGUCAUCCACCUUGCUGCCAAAGUGGGAGGACUCUUCAUGCACUUGAAACAGAACCUGCAGUUUUUGAGAGAAAACAUAAAGAUCAAUGACAACGUCCUGCAUACUGCCCAUGAGACGGGUGUUAACAAAGUCGUGUCUUGCCUGUCCAGUUGUAUCUUUCCUGACAAAACUACAUAUCCCAUUGAUGAGACAAUGAUACACAAUGGGCCACCUCAUGAAUCAAAUUACGGAUAUUCGUAUGCCAAAAGGAUGAUUGAUAUUCAGAACAGGGCAUACUUUCAGCAGUAUAAGCGUUGUUACACAUCAGUCAUCCCAACCAAUGUGUUUGGUCCCUAUGACAACUUCAGUCCAGAAAAUGGCCACGUGCUCUCAGCACUCAUGUGCAAGACAAACAAAGCCAAACAAGACGGAACCCAUGUGAAGGUGUGUGGCACUGGAAAUCCACGAAGACAGUUCACCUACUCUCUGGACUUAGGCCGUAUACUUGUCUGGGUCCUGAGAGAGUAUGACGAGGUGGAUCCUCUUAUCACUUCUGUUGGGUCAGAGAAGGAAGUUUCCCUCAAAGAGGCCGUGGACAUGAUCGCAAAGGCUUUGGACUUCAAGGGUGAAAUAGUCUAUGACACCACUAUGUCCGAUGGUCAGAUGAAGAAGACAGCAAGCAAUGACAAACUGAGACGCUACCUUCCUGACUUCACCUUCACACCGCUUGAUGAAGCCAUCAAGAUGACCUGUGACUGGUUUGUGGCCAAUUACGACAUUGCAAGAAAAUGAUGUGAUGAAGCACUGAGCUGAAAACACUGCAUGUUCUUGCUGGUGUUGUUGUUUUUCUUCUUCUGUGUUUUGGAGUGAACAUCUGCAAUAUGAGCAAACAUACAAGGGCCAAUAAUUACUUAUGCUGUUGAUGCAAAUGUAUUCUUCUGAUUUGCUGAUUGACAUCUUAAAACUUCUCCUUAUUUUUGGUUUUAUGAUGUAGGGAGGGCCAAUAUUCACAGUGAUUAUGUUUUCUAAACGAACUUGCAUAUUAAAAUUAAAGGAAUAUUCCACUCAAAA